UUUUGAAUGGCUUCUGCCUGGCGAUAAGAAAGUGCAGACUCGCUGUUUCCAGCUGAUAUCGCCCAGUGGGAGCUAGCGCGCUGUCUUUGCCCCUCAGUUCGGCGACGAGCUCACCACGUUGCACAGCCCCCCAAUCUGCGAUUCAGGAACCAUGAGAGGUGUUCUUCUAGUUUGCCUGCUGGGCGCGUGUAGUCUCCUAAGUGAGGCUACAUUCCACCGGCAACGUCUUUUAACCCAGCCGGCGAGCUCUGUGUUCACGCCGUACCAGCCGCCGAUGAUGUACAAUCUUCCCCCAGGGCUGCGAUAUGUAUAUUUGGAUGGAGUUCCAUACGCCGUAUUGGGAGAAACGGUGCGAUACGUGCCUGCCCCCGGCCCUGCCGUGUACAGCGCGCCUUCGCCUAGCCCACUGGGAGCUGUCACGGUGUCCCAGCCAGUUCAAGAAGAAAGUGCUUUGCUCGAGCCGCAAACAGGUGGCACUGCGUUGGAACCACACACUGCCCCAGACGCAAAGGGAAGCGCACUGGAUGUGUCUGUGGCUUCGGCAGGAGCUGAUUCCUUGCAAAAAGCAAACGACGGUGCAGCAGAGCUUUACGCGGCUACCUCAACCCAUGACGAUGAGACGGCCUCCGGUAUUGCAAGUGUACCAUCCGAGGGUGCGAGCAGCACUGAGUCCACACCGCCUUCUGCAGAAUCUGACACUGGCACAAGUUAUGCGGCAGCUACGCCCUUCCCACACGCCACGCCACCUGAGCUCCCAGACCAGCCCGCCACCGUCGCCACGGCUUAUUUGGCGCUGCCCUCGGCUCCAGGUGCCUCACCUGCCGAUCCCGCUUCCGGCGCCUCGCCCCAAGCUGCGCAGGUGGCAGAGGCAGCACCGGCAGCGGCCAGUGCGUACGUAGCUCAGGUGCCAGCAGUGUCUCCGCCCCUCCAGCCUAGCUUCGCUGCCGCACCGCCUCUCGGGCCCAUGGCCUACUUCGCCGCGAGUGCCGGAGGGCCUCCAUCGCCAAGCCAGCCAGUCGUGCUGUCGGUCGACAACCCCAGGGUGACUGUGACGCGUACGGUGACGAGGUACGCGUGGCGCCAUCCGCCGGUGCCAGUCAGCGAGCCGGUCACCGUCGUUUUCUCAAAUCGAGACAAGAGCCCCCCAACCCAGACUGAUGGCGUGCCCUUUACCUUGACCAGCAGCUCGGUUCCAACUCUUGUUCGGGACACUUUUAACGUACCCCAGGACAGUGGUACCGUACAGUCUGUGAGGCUGCUGGACUCCGCGGCACUUACCCCGCAGUCCAGCCUAACCGCGCCAGUCCCAGCAGCACUUCAACAAUCUGUCACGGGACGGCCUUAUUCCGUCAGUGCACUAGACAGUUCGAUCUCCAACGACAACGUAGCACAGCCCUUUCAGCCAGAGCAACACGCAGCUCAUCUUAUUGGAUACACUCUGGCUCAGCAACCACUGCUCAAAUUACAGAUAGAUCCUACUUCUGGAAAGAUGUCGUACGUCGGUGCUGACGGCCUACAGAUUGAUCUGUCUAGCAAAA